GGUAUACCCUACGUACCAUUCAUUCAUCGUUAUUCCUGAUCGGGCUAAUGCCACUCUUGCCAAGGACAGAGCCAGAUUGCAAGCCCAGCGUACUGCCACCUCCUAUUCUCGACAAAGGACUGUCAUUCCAUCCAGACGAAAUAGACCCGUAAAGAAUUUUCUUAGUUUCCUUUAUGCUAGCGAACCAUGCGAAACCACUUCUUCAGCACUGUCCAUACCUAACGAAGCAUUCUUAUUACCUACCCCAUCAAUUGAUUUGACAUUCCUUCCUGAUCAUACCUCUAUUCCUGUCGAUUUACCAGUUAACCUUGAAGCUUCAGUUUCUUCUGCCAAUCUACCCACCGAUUUUGAGACUGUGAUUCCCACUGCCAAUCUUCCAGCCGAUCUUGAGACUUUGGUUCCUUCUCUAGAGCCCCUUACCGGCAAAGUUCCAGCUGCUUCUCUAGUUAUUCCUUCUUCACCUCGCCAAGAUGAUACCAAACCCGAGGAGAAAUUGACUAAGAAGAGGCGGAUAAAGUCUCCUCCUAUCCUUGAAUGGUCAAAAUAUGCCUUCCGCCCCUGUUCUAAAGGUGAAAGGCAAAGAAAUAACCAUUUGGGACUCGGCCGCCGAAGACAUGAAUGUAGCGGUGGGGAUUGUCAGGGAUGUAAUUCUGCCACGCAAUCUUUUUGUGAAUGCGGUGGCCUCAGAUGA